CUCAGCUACGAGGUAUCCUGGAAGGUCUUACAAAUUUUGCUUUCCUCACAGAGAGGUACAGUCGGCAAACGGGAUUGGUAUCAGACAUUUGUGAUGGGAAGCUGUACAGAAAACUGUGCGAAGAUUUCAGUUUCCUCGGGAACCCUCUUAACAUAUCCCUCACAGUGAACACAGAUGGAUGUCCAGUUUUCAACAGCAAACAGCACUCAAUCUGGCCAAUUCAGUUGCUGGUUAAUGAGCUGCCAGUCACACAAAGGUUUCAGAAUGUUGUCCUCUUUGGGGUCUGGUUUGGUAGAGGGGAGCCCUGCAUGGAGGUCUUCCUGAAGAAGUUUGUUAAGCAGUGUUCUAGACUUGCUGAUAAGGGCUUUAAGUGGAUCAAGAAUGGGGUUCAGGUUGUGAGCAAGGCAUUCGUAGUGUGUUGCAGUGUGGACUCUGCUGCACGGCCUCUGCUACAGAACAUGAUCAAAUUCAAUGGUUUUUUUGGGUGCAGCUGGUGCCUCCACCCGGGUGUGACAGUAAAAGGUGACGUACGUUAUACAGUAACUUCGCAGGUUCAUGAAGAAAGGAAAGCUUCAAGUUCCAUCAGGUGCAUGUAUCGGGCUGCUGCAGAGCAUACAAUUUCCUUUGGCUUUAAAGGUCCAUCUGCCCUCUUGAACUUGCCAGGGUUUGAUGUAAUUUCGUCGUUUGUACCGGAUUACCUUCAUUGUAUCCUGCUUGGUGUCGCCCGAACAAUGAUGAAGUUGUGGUUCGACUCAAAGUACAGUGGAGAAGGCUUCUAUAUUGGGGCACCAGCAGCUGUUGAAAGGGUUGACUCGAGAAUAAGGCAGAUAAAGCCACCAUCUGCGGUUGGCCGGUAUCCACGUAGUGUGACAGAGAGAAAACUCUGGAAGGGACAGGAGUUCCGCUCAUGGCUAUUGUAUUAUUCUCUCCCAGUGCUAUGUGGCAUUCUUCCACGGCAGUACCUCCUCCAUUUGUCUUUGCUCGUCCGGUCUUUAUUUUUGCUGUUGCAGGAUUCCCUGACAUACACGGAUAUUAAUACUGCACAGGACCUUCUCACGGAGUUUGUUGUUAAGUACAAUAUGUUAUAUGGCGACUAUAACAUGGUGUACAACGUGCAUAUUCUGUUGCACAUUCCAAGGGCUGUAGCAAACUGGGGACCCCUGUGGGCUCACUCCACGUUUGUCUUUGAGUCUUUCAACGGGGUGUUCGUUAAAUCAGUAAAAGGCAACCGAGGUGUUGCUGAGCAGGUGCUGCAAAAGGCAAUGCUCAGGCAGUCAAUUUAUACAUAUGUCCAGAUGAAGGGAACAGCCCCGCUGAAACUCUACGCGUCAGCUCUCAAGAACUUAAAAAAAACUUCAUUUGCGCUACAUAUUUCGGAAGCAACAUUGCUUGGGCGAGGACUGGCUCCUGCAUUCAACAUGGUCGAGAAAAGCUGUAUACGUGCCAGUACAGGCGCUGCUGCCCGUGUACUGUCAGUUUUUUCAAGGAUGAUCUAUCAUGGCACUGUAUUCCACAGUACAACAUACACACGGCCAAAAAAGACAAAUGACUCUGUUGUGCGCUUAUCGAAUGGGAAGUAUGCCCUCAUUCAAGCCAUCUUUUCCUAUGCCACUCCAGACCAGGAGAAGGAAGUUGGCCUGCUUGUUUACGAAAUGGAGGCUUUUGAGAGCUCGGUUUGUAGUGGCAGCCAUAUGGUACGUGGCCAGUUCACCACAUUGCGGAUGCAUCCUGUAUCUGCAAUUUGUCGUAAGGCUAUCGCUGUUGUUAUUGACGGUGUCAGCCAUGUAUGCCAUAUUCCAAACCAAUGCGAGGUUAACUAG